AUGAAAUGUGCUUUGGGUGCCAAAAAUAAGUUUGAGUUUGUUGAUGGGAGUAUACCAAUUCCCAACACUUUUGAUCCAAGUUAUAAGAGUUGGAGUCGCUACAACAUAAUUAUUCACUCAUGGAUUAUAAACUCUGUGAUUAAGUCCAUUAGCCAGAGCAUCAUAUUUCUGGAAAAUGCUAUAGAUGUGUGGAAUAAUUUGAAAGAACGAUUCUCCCAAGGAGACCUUAUCAGAUUAUCUGAGCUGCAACAAGAAAUCUACGUUGUUAAAUCACAGAUUCUCUUGAUGGACCCACUUCCUAGCAUUAACCGAAUUUUCUCUAUGGUGAUUCAACAUGAAAGACAAGGAAAUUUCAUUGUCAAUGAUGACUCAAAGGUUCUCAUAAACAUUGUCGAUAAAAGGAUGCAGGGAAGAAGGAAAGGUUUUGUACAAAAUUCUGGACCAAGGAAAAUAUGCGCUUAUUGUGGAAAGACAGGACACACAGUAGACACUUGCUAUAGGAAACAUGGCUUUCCUCCUCAUUUUCAGAAAGGGAAUUCAUCAAUGAUCAACAAUGCUUGCAGUGACACUAGAGAUUUAAAGGAAGAUCUAUCAACAAAUGGAGAUAUUUCUACUACACCAUCUACUUUCACUCAUGAGCAAUAUGAGAAGAUACUUAGUUUAAUUCAAGGUUCUGGCAUUAACCAACAUUCUGCUUCCUUAGCUAACCAGGACCAUCAAUCCGAGAGGAUGAUUGGUUCUGCUGAAAAGUUUGAAGGGCUAUAUCACUUAGUUAUUGAUGACAAACAAGCCUCUUGUUCAAAUAUCCAAACAGCUGAUAAUCAAACUUUACCUGAAGAUGCCUUAUAG